CGAAGCUGGCGGAGGGUGAGCCUGCCCUGUCCGUUUAAACCGAGAAGACACCCAUACCGACUCCUCAAUGCAAAAAAAAAAUAGAAAAGGGUGCCAAGAAACUGGGACGAGGGAACGUGGGUGUAAAUAGGCAGCGAACGCUCUUGGUCUCUCUCUCUCUCUCUCUCUCUCUCUCUCUCUCUCUCUCUCUCUCUCUCUCUCUCUCUCUCUCUCUCUCUCUCACUCUCUCCCUCUCUCUUUUUCUCCCUCUCUUCCCCUCAAUCUCUACACUCACUCUCGCACACUCGUGCUCCUCUAUUUGAUGAAAUCCAUGAACGACUUAUUGAGCACAGGACAUUAAAAUAAGGAACAAGCUUCCAUCGGGGGACCAGCAGCAGCAGCACCAGCUCACACCUCCUCCUCCAUCCCCUUUCGUCCACAGCUGCAUGUGUAUUCAGAUCAAUGUAAAUAUUGGUUUUGGUACAACGAGAGCGGAAUCGGCUCUGGCACGGCUACUCGGACCCACAUUUUGACUUCGAGACUUUCCAUCCAGCUUGUCCUCCCGCCUCCUCGUCCUCUUCUCCUUCUUCUUCUUCUUCUUCCUCUUCUUCUUCUUUUUGCGUCCACGACUGCUCCAUCCUGCUGCUGUACCAGCUCAACUCCCUGGCCGGUCCGAAGAUGGCAACUUUAACCAACGGACAGGUGGACGGCUCGCUGCACGGCGUGGGCAUGGUCUCCGUCAGCACCAACGGCCUGGUGAACGGAUUAAGCCACAGCCACAGCCCAGUGGGCUGCGCGGCCACCAUCCCCAUGAAGGACCACGAUGCCAUCAAGCUGUUCAUCGGGCAGAUCCCGCGGAACCUGGACGAGAAGGACCUGCGGCCUCUGUUCGAGGAGUUCGGCAAGAUCUACGAGCUCACGGUGCUCAAGGAUCGCUUCACGGGCAUGCACAAAGGCUGUGCCUUCCUCACCUACUGUGCCAGAGAGUCCGCCCUAAAAGCCCAAAAUGCUCUCCAUGAACAGAAGACUCUGCCAGGGAUGAACAGACCUAUCCAAGUGAAGCCAGCAGACAGUGAGAGUCGAGGAGAAGACAGAAAGCUAUUUGUGGGCAUGCUCAACAAGCAGCAGUCGGAGGACGAUGUGCGGCGUCUCUUCGAGGCCUUCGGCGGCAUCGAGGAGUGCACCAUCCUCAGAGGUCCUGAUGGAAACAGCAAAGGCUGUGCGUUCGUGAAAUACUCAUCCCACGCUGAAGCCCAGUCAGCCAUCAGCGCGCUACACGGCAGCCAGACCAUGCCCGUGAGUACAGGGGCCUCGUCCAGUCUGGUGGUGAAGUUCGCAGACACGGAUAAGGAACGCACCAUUCGCCGCAUGCAGCAGAUGGCCGGUCAGAUGGGCAUCUUCAACCCCAUGGCUCUGCAGUUCGGAGCGUAUGGAGCCUACGCCCAGGUGCAGCAGCAGGCGGCGUUGAUGGCGUCCGUGGGCCAGGGGGGCUACCUCAGCCCCAUGGCGGCGUUCGCGGCCGCCCAGAUGCAGCACAUGGCCACCAUCAACGGCAUCCCUGGGGGACCCAUGACCCCCACGUCAGGAGGUAGUACCCCGCCUGGUAUCAGUGCCCCCACAGUGACCAGCAUCCCCUCCCCUAUCAGUGUCAACGGCUUCACUGGACUGACACAGCAGCAGGCCAAUGGGCAGCCCCCUGCCGAGGCUGUCUUCACCAAUGGGAUUCACCCUUACCCUGUGCUGCAGGAGAUGGUCUUUAGGGAGGAGUCAGAGAAAAACGGCCUGGCCGUGGCUCCCAGGAGCUGUUUUGGUGUCCAGGGGGGCUGCUUCCUCUCCUCUCUCUCUGAAGCUCAGAGUCCCACUGCAGCUGAUCCUCUUCAGCAGGCUUACACAGGAGUCCAGCAGUAUGCAGCAGCCUAUCCCGCUGCAUACGGUCAGAUCAGCCAGGCCUUCCCCCAGCCAGCCCCCAUCAUCCCCCAGCAGCAGAGAGAAGGGCCGGAAGGCUGCAAUCUGUUCAUCUACCACCUUCCCCAGGAGUUUGGGGAUGGAGAGCUGAUGCAGAUGUUCCUUCCUUUCGGUAAUGUCAUCUCCUCCAAAGUGUUUGUGGAUCGGGCGACAAACCAAAGUAAAUGCUUUGGGUUUGUGAGCUUUGACAACCCAGGAAGUGCGCAGGCCGCCAUCCAGUCCAUGAACGGCUUCCAGAUCGGCAUGAAGAGACUCAAGGUGCAGCUGAAGCGGCCCAAGGACGCCAACCGCCCCUACUAGCCCCGCCCCCUUCCCUGCCCCCCCCCCCCCCCAGCAGUCCCCCCCCUUGCCCUGGUGGGCGGGUGAGGGAAGGGGGGAGAGGGGCAGAAACAUCACAGGUUAUGUAAAGCUGGACCACAUGUUUGACUACUUGCUAUCUGUCAUCGAGUGCAUUCUCGACCAAUGGACCACUGAGGCUGCUUCAGAAAAAGGAGAGCGAGAGAGAGAGCGACUACCAAGUGAAGGACAAAGAACGCUGGAUGUAUCGAAACCUUUGGAACUAAGAAAGACUUUGUAUUUGUACCAGCCUGGCCCAACCUAGGACGCCCUCGCCCCUUCGCCCUGCACACCCAUACACACCUCUCUCCUUACUGUUCCCAACUUGACUGAAACACACCCUUUUUUCUGGACCAGGAAGGUUGACGUUUAGUCAAAUCGCAAAGAUGAAGAUGAAGAGAAAAAAAGUAAUUCAGAAACCCCUCAAAAACGACCAACUGACCACUGAACUAUUUACGGAAAUAAGGACAUCAAGUCCAACCUGAACAAAAACAAACUCUUGAAAAAACAUAAAAACAAAAAAAAUGAUUGAAAAAAGAUCUGUGGAUUGCCCUCGGAGAUCUUUCUUUACGGUGGGUCAAACAUGAGGCAAUUUGCUUUUCAAGACCAAUUUUUUUUCCAGACUUUGAAAUGCGAAAAGGACACAUUUUUGAAGAGAGAGAACUUAAGGGAAUGUGAUAUUUUCAGGACACAAAUUGGCUUCAAUUUGGGAUGGCCAUGUUUAGCUCAGAGUGCCUGUCCGUUUCCAGGGGAUACUGUUGCCAAGGAGAGCUAUAGCAACGGUCUCCAGGGAGUCUUACCUGUCAUUCCUUAGUUGUUUUAGGGACCAAAAGACCAAACAUUUUUAUUGCUGAGGACUUGUAGCUCUAAUAUACUCGGACCAGUGCAUCUCUUUCAAUCAGUGUUACCUGGCUAAGGAGUUGCCUAUAAAAGACAUGUACAUUUCGAAUAUAUAUAUAUAUACGACAUAUGUAUAUGUACAUAUAUAUUGCUGAUAUGCUUUUUGAAUACAGGCAAAACUAUUUCAGAUGACCAAAUGGGGUCGCUCACUUCGCUAGUUUACAAUUACUUCAAAGAAAGUUUUGAUUUCUUUUUCUUUUCUCUCCUCAUUUCUUUUUGUCUGGGGUGGGAUGGAGAGUGCAUGGGGAGGGGCUGCUCACAUAUCACAGCCUUACCUUUUAUAUCUUGACAUCCUAACCUCAUAGUUAUGAUAAGGAACAUCCGAUACCUUUGAGAUAUAUGAACUUGUUUAUAUUUGCAGUACAUAUAUAUACCAAGCAUUCAAGCAAACGUAUUCAUAUAUAUACAGUAUAUAUGGAUAAAUAGAUAUUAAUCAAAAACAAAUAUAUGUAUUUAUAUGCACAUAUUUUAUAUAUGUGUGUGUCUGUAUAUAGGACGGCUACUGACGAUGUUGCUGUAAUUUUUUUGUAGAGUUUAGCUGGAGUUAGAUACAUUGCUCUGCUUGGGAAGAAUCGCAAAUCUGGCAGCUCCCAAAACUGCAGCCAUUCCUAUCUCUGAUUACCUAUAUGCUGACACAUCAGAUAUUGCUGAAAUAUAGAUGUGCUCUGUGUAAAUAUACACACAUGGUGUAAAUAGUAUCUGAAAAAUGCAAAAAGCCACAUUUCAGUAGCAGGCUUUAAGAGAAUCAGGCUAAAUAACUUUGGACGACAAGGACAAUUAUCUUCGACUCUAUUCCAAACAUAUCUUUUGAGCUUCACACGUGUAUGAGCACCUGUGCACGUAAACACACACACACACAUACAAACACACACACACACAACAAUGCAACAACAUUACAUUAACACACACAGAGACAAACGCAACCAACAACACAAACACACACACACACACACACACACACACAAUCACACACACGAACACCAUCGCACAUACCGUACAACACAACGUGCACACAUCUCUUUGAAAACUUGAACCAAAAUGAAUGAGUCUCACGCCCCCCCCUCCCCCCUCACUGCUCUCUUUCUGCGUUCAGAUAAGUGCAUGUAGCAAACGGGCUGCCACCACGUCCAGGUUGCCUUGCCACCUGCAGUAUUCGCCAUCCAGCACUGUGCUCUCAAGCCGAACCCAAACCGAACUCCAAGCAGCCAACACGCUAUUAUGAUGUCAAAACCCCUACAGCAAGACCCAUGUCAUUUCUUAACCGUCUUUUUGGAGAGCUUCACAGUGCAUGCAAGUCUUUUUAUUUGAACAGACUUUUACACACAACAAACACACACACACACACACACACACACACACGCACACAAAAGAAUACCUGACUCGGUUCAUUGGUGUCUCUGGAUAAGAAGGGAAAAAAAUAAUCAGCAUCUAGUAUUAAUGUUAAGUCAUCGGGAUACACAUGGAGGAAUUGAUCUGGGCAUUAAGGUAACCUGAUUGGACACCUUGGGGGACGACUGAACCAGGUGGAGAGCACCUGCUGCAACCUACCUGUCUGUCUGCGGCUAGCGUUUGCGAUCAGGGGGCCCGUAAGGUGGCACGCUCUGGGGGUAGGGAGAGGUCACCGAGUUGGUCCUCCGGAUGUGGAGGCUGCCUGCGCUGAGGGGCACAGACGAUGUCAGCAUGGUUCUGAUCAGUGCAUCGCUCAUCUUCACCUCACACUCCUCACCUGUGCUUCAUUCUGGUUGGAAAAAAACAUUUGAAGGGAGUUAAGGCUGAAUUCAAAGAGUGGCUUUUCUAACAUCUUGCAGUUAAUGUAUGGAUCUAUAACGCUUAACAUUAGAGUUUUGGGAUACCUUUCGUUUUGUAAUAUUACCUUACCCAUUGGUUCAUAGGAUCUUCAAUCUUACAAAUUUAUGAAAAUGAAGCAAUAAGCAUAUCAAAAUCAUACGUGCUAUAUGAUGCCAGCCGGUGUUAUAUUGAUUCUGCGCAGAGUUUCUCAUAUUAUUGUAAAUGGCAUGAACACUUUCUAUAUACCUGUAAAAGGUCAGGGGAGUUGGUUUUAUUGGCCUCUGUACUCGACACAGAUAGGGAUGGUCGAGAUUGCCUUAUUAAUAUUUAUAAGGUGGUAUGACACCAUGCUUCUGCUGGCCGCCAUUCCAAAUCUAACUGUUAACUGCUUAUUGUUCCAUUUCCCUAGCGUCUAUGGAUAACCUUUCUCAAGCAGAUUGAAUACCGUUAACAUUUACCUUCCUAAAUCAACAAGGCCCAUACACGCCGUAGCCCGCAAGAAAAAAAGAAAAAAGAAAAAAAGAACAUCUCGUUAUGUAGGCCAACGCUACGCCAUGACAUUCUAAGGGGAAAGCCAGUACCUAGCUUGAAGGAGUGCUUUAACUUUUGUUGAAGAGGAAAGCAGACGAGGAAGGUUGAGGAGAAGAAACAUCCCCACACAAACCAAUUCAUUUCAAGGUGAUUUCGCUCCAGCUUGAAGCAGGCAUUUCAUUAAAGCCAUCGGCGGGGUAAUGUGAGAGAUUGCUCAAUUAAAAAAAUGAAUAGCAUCAUCUUCUGGCAACAACUCUACCCAUGAAACAUGACACGAUAAAAUGUCCUUAGAUCUGUGCUAGCUCCACUGUGCCAUUUCAUUUCCUUGACUCUGUUGGCAGGAAUAGGCAAUCCCACGCCAGACUCAUCGAUGACAAGGAUUUGGUUCAAAAAAAUAUUAAAGUUUGUACAGUAUCUACUAUGAAUAAUUGCCUCAAUAAGGCAUUUUCCAGCAUAUAUUUCUGUGCCAGGAACAUUUUAACGUCCGUCAUAAUGUGGGCAAUUUUGCCGGUUCAAUGUUAACUGAGUGGAGGGAGGGGAAGCAAAAAGGACAAAGGCCAGUCGAAUGCUCAUCUUCACCUGCUCCGAUUUUCAGCUGCAACUGUUUACAUUAGAAGUGUGGGGAAAAAGAGGAAAAAAAAUACAAAAAAAUGGUUCAAAAGAACAAGAAACGGUGCAAACGUUUGAAUAUAAAUAUAUAUAUAAAUAUAUAGAUAAACCGAUGAAUAUAGUGUACAUUUUUUUUGGGUUGCUCUGUUUUCCUCCUGUACAUAGGUUUGCAUAUUUUAUAGGACUUUUACUGCUAUCUACAAGGACUGGAUUGAAAAUGAUACUUUAAAUACUAAACCAACAAAAAAAAUAUAUGAAUGAAAACAUGAUAAUAUUCGUUGAAAACCAGGUACAAGGAAGAAGUCUCUAGGAUAUGGUACAAUUAUGGGACCUGAGCAAGGCAUUUAUCCAGGACACCGUCAGGGAGCGCACUGACCUCAGUUAGAGCUUAGACAUGCAUUGAACUUUCUCUUUUUUUAUAUAUAUAUAUACAAUUAUUUGGAAGUGUUCUAUUAAUUUGUUUAAAUAUUUAUUUACGACUCAUGUGCGAUAUCAUAUGCAUGCUUACAUGGCAUUAUUUUUCUAUGAGUUGGUACGUGACCAAAUAGUUUUUAUACGACAUGCGACAGCCAGCAUCGUUGUCUAUAAUGAUGAUCAUUGUUCCUGUGCGCAAAGGCCUUCAGCACGUCUUUCAUGGAGAAUAAUGCUCCAAUUGACCAAGUGAUGUCAAAGACAAGAUUUUUAUUGCUUUCCAUUAAUUUAUUUGUUUUGUUUAUUUAUUGAUUUGUGCCAUUUGACUAAAGACCAGAGCUCUGUUACUGCCAUAUAUUAUGGUUUUAACUGCUAUUUAUUAUUACUGUAGUUUAUUUUAAUUAUUUCCUUUUUUUCAUAGGGUUGUAUUUGACACCUGUAGAAUUUGGCGACUCCUAUCCAAAAGUCAGCCACUUGAAGGUUUAAUACAAUAGGGUAUUGCUGUUACACUAUUGCAAUCAAUUACUGUAACUCUAAACACUGUAAAUUACAUUUUUUUGUUGUAUUUCUAACAUUCUACUAGCCAAUUCACUUUGCUAAAAGAUUGUACAAAACAACCUGUUUAGACAUCAUGUGCAAGUUUUAUCAAUGAAACAUUCCAUAACAUGCUGAUUAAUCAAUCAGGUAUGUAUUAAUAACAUAGUAUUCUAAGUUCACAUCGGUACUCAUGGUAUUAAAUACCAGAUUAAAUGCUAAAUCAAUGUUUGACUGCUUGCAUGAACCACUUCGGUUAGUGGAGUUUCCUUUCUUCUGUCUUUUUUACUUGUGCUGCUUCCCUCCUGUUUGACAGAGCUCUGAUCUUCAACUGUUGUCUUCAAAUCAACAGCAUUAAUUCAAUGAAAUCUGCACUAUUUCAUCAACAAUCUGUUUAUGGACAUCUCUCAACGCUGUUAUCGAUGAUUUUGUUUCGGAGACAUCACUAGUAUUACUCCUCGAAUUACAUUUUGCAACAACGAUGGUUUCAACAACAAACGUAUUCUGGAACUCUCUUCCCGAUUUCAGCACACGUGGAGAGUGGGUAGGGGGGCGGGGGACUGAAUGUUGCAUAAUAGAGCUUUGCCCCCCGCUCCUGUUGAGCUAAGCUUCUAAUUGGGCAGUUUGCUUUAGGCUUUCACCCCCUCUCUCUCUCUCUCCAGACCGCACCACUCUCUGGUACCCUGGACUCUUUUUGUAAUUUUAAAUGAAUGACGCGUCUCAGCUUAGCCCAAUAAUAAAGCACAGUCUAGAGUAAAAACAACAAAAGAUA